ACGACAGGCCGGCCGGCGGAGGAGCAGCGACGGUCAGGAACCCAGGGGGGCCUUUCACAAAAACCAGGAGGUAUAAAGAGUCUUUGUGGGAUUACGGACAGUGAGGAGACUCGUUUCUACAGGACUGAGAGCAGCUUUUAGGGCCAAGGCGUCAAGAUGGCGUCCAACGCGGAGGCCAAGCCGGUCAUCAUGAAUGAAGAGGAGCUGAAGAGGAAGCAGAGGGAGAAGCUGAAGAAGAUGCAGGCGACCGGGGGAAACCCUCGACCUGCCAGGACCCUCUUCCUCUUCAACCUGAAAAACCCCUUCCGCAAGGCCUGCACCAGCAUUGUGGAGUGGAAAACCUUUGAAAUCAUCAUUUUAUUGACCAUCUUUGCAAACUGCAUCGCUCUGGCCGUGUUCCUGCCGAUGCCUGAAGAAGACAGUAACAACACCAACACAAGCCUGGAGAGUUUGGAGUACAUCUUCCUGAUCAUAUUCACGUUAGAGUGCUUUCUGAAGAUAGUGGCGUACGGGCUCGUGUUCCAUGAAGGCGCCUAUUUACGGAACUGUUGGAACAUAUUGGACUUUGUCAUCGUCUUCAUGGGUCUCUUUACCUUUGCAUUGGAUACCAUCAAUAAGAUAGCAGGUGUGCCAAUGGAGAAGGGCGGGGGGUUCGACAUGAAGGCCCUGAGAGCCUUCAGAGUGCUGCGGCCCCUACGUCUCGUCUCUGGAGUCCCCAGUCUGCAGGUGGUGAUGAACUCCAUCCUCAAAGCCAUGCUGCCUCUGCUGCACAUCGCCCUGCUGGUCUUCUUACUGGUCACCAUCUACGCCAUCAUGGGACUGGAGCUCUUCAAGUGCAAAAUGCAUAAAACCUGCUAUUACACUGGCACAGGUAUCUAUGCUACAGCAGAAGCUGAGCUGCCUGCUCCGUGUGCUCAGGCGGGUAACGGACGGCGCUGCAUUAUCAACGGCUCAGAGUGUCGGCCGUACUGGGAGGGUCCCAACAACGGCAUCACCCACUUUGAUAACAUCGGCUUCGCCAUGCUGACAGUCUUCCAGUGCAUCACCAUGGAGGGAUGGACCAAAGUGCUCUACUGGGUGAAUGAUGCCAUAGGGAACGAAUGGCCCUGGAUCUACUUUGUUCCUCUCAUCCUGCUGGGUUCCUUCUUUGUGCUCAAUCUGGUUCUGGGCGUGCUCAGUGGAGAGUUUACCAAAGAGCGAGAGAAGGCCCGGUCGCGUGGAGAGUUUCAGAAGCUGCGAGAGCGUCAGCAGCUGGAUGAAGACGUGCACGGCUACAUGGAGUGGAUCACUCACGCUGAAGUCCUGGACGCCGACAGAGAGGGCAAAGGACUCCUCCCUCUAACCAGCGACUCUGAUGGCGACAGCCUGUACGGCCUGGAAGGGAAGAGUAAAAUCAUCUACUACUACCGCCUGGCGCGUCGCUGGAACCGUUUCUUCAGGAUGAAGUGUCUGGUGUACGUGAAAAGUAAAAAAUUCUACUGGUUGGUGAUGUUCCUCGUCCUCCUCAACACUCUGACCAUCGCAACAGAGCACCACCACCAGUCAGAGUCACUCACUGCCCUACAAGAUGUGGCCAGUCGGGUUCUGCUGGUGCUGUUUGUCAUAGAGAUGUUUGUGAAGAUGUAUGCUCUGGGUCCCCGAGCAUACUUCAUGUCCCUGUUCAACCGCUUCGACUUCUUCGUGGUGCUGUGUGGCAUCCUGGAGAUGAUCAUGUUCUCUGCAGGAGCCGUGGCUCCGCUGGGUUUCUCUGUGCUCAGGUGCAUCCGACUGCUGAGGAUCCUCAAAGUCACCAAGUACUGGACCUCUCUGAGUAACCUCGUGGCCUCUCUCCUCAACUCUGUGCGCUCCAUCGCCUCCUUGCUCCUUCUUCUCUUCCUCUUCAUCGUCAUUUUCUCGCUCCUUGGCAUGCAGGUGUUUGGAGGGAAGUUUAACUUCGCCGACCACAGACCCAAACGUAGUAACUUUGACAACUUCCCCCAGGCCCUCAUCAGCGUGUUCCAGGUCCUAACAGGAGAGGACUGGACCACCAUCAUGUACAACGGCAUCAUGGCCUACGGUGGGCCGGUCUUUCCUGGGAUCCUGGUUGCCAUUUACUUUAUUGUCCUCUUCGUCUGUGGAAACUAUAUCCUGCUCAAUGUGUUCUUGGCCAUCGCCGUGGAUAACCUGGCGGAGGCUGAGAGUUUGACUUCAGCUCAGAAAGAAAAGGCCGAGGAGAAGCUGAAGAGAAAACUGCGCAGGACCAAAAUGCCCGACAAGACGGAUGAGGAGAGGGAGAGGAUGGCGAAGAAACUGGCGGAUCAGAGAGCCAAGAUGGAGGGCAUGCCCACUACAGCAAAGCUCAAAGUUGACGAGUUUGAGUCCAACGUCAAUGAAGUGAAAGAUCCGUUCCCACCUGAUGACUUCCCAGGUGAUGACGAGGAGGUGGAGCCUGAGAUCCCCAUCAGCCCUCGGCCCCGCCCGAUGGCCGACCUGCAGCUGAAGGAAGAAGCCGUCCCGCUGCCUGAAGCCAGCUCCUUUUUCAUUUUUGGCCCUCAGAACAAGUUCCGUAAACUGUGCUACAAGAUCAUCAACGCCUCCUCCUUCACCAACUUAAUCCUCCUCUUCAUCCUGCUCUCCUCCAUCUCCCUGGCAGCUGAGGACCCCAUCGACCCCAAGUCCUACAGGAACCAGAUCUUGGCCUAUGCUGAUAUUGUCUUCACUACUGUGUUCACCAUAGAGAUUGUACUGAAGAUGACGGUAUACGGAGCGUUCAUGCAUGAAGGAUCCUUCUGCCGUAACUCCUUCAACAUCCUGGAUCUGAUUGUGGUUGGAGUCUCUCUGCUUUCUAUGGGAAUGGAAUCCAGUGCAAUCUCUGUGGUGAAGAUUCUCAGGGUGCUGAGGGUGCUGAGGCCUCUCAGAGCCAUCAACAGAGCCAAGGGCCUAAAGCAUGUGGUCCAAUGCGUGUUUGUGGCCAUUAAAACCAUCGGGAACAUCGUCCUGGUCACCAUGCUGCUGAACUUCAUGUUUGCCUGUAUCGGAGUGCAGCUCUUCAAGGGUAAAUUCUACAGCUGCACGGAUCCGUCAAAGACGACCGGGGAGGAAUGCCAGGGAUACUUCAUGAAGCACAUGGAGAACUCCCUGCAGGACACAGCGCUGGCUAAGAGAGAGUGGCUCAACAGUGACUUCAACUUUGAUAACGUGCUCUACGGCAUGCUGGCUCUCUUCACUGUCUCCACGUUUGAGGGAUGGCCCAAACUGUUGUACAGAGCCAUUGAUUCAGACAAAGAAGACAUGGGUCCUGUCUUCAACAACCGUGUGGACGUGUCCAUCUUCUUCAUCAUCUACAUCAUCCUCAUCGCCUUCUUCAUGAUGAACAUCUUCGUGGGCUUCGUCAUCGUCACCUUCCAGGAGCAGGGAGAGGAAGAGUACAAGGACUGUGAGCUGGACAAGAACCAGCGUCAGUGUGUGCAGUACGCCCUGAAGGCUCGACCUCUCAGAUGCUACAUCCCCAAAAACCCGUACCAGUACCGAGUGUGGUACAUCGUCACCUCCUGCUACUUUGAAUACCUCAUGUUCUUCCUCAUUAUGCUCAACACCUUGUGUCUGGGGAUGCAGCACUGUAACCAGUCGGACCAUGUGACCAAGCUGUCGGACAUGCUGAACCUGAUCUUCACCGUGCUCUUCACUGUGGAGAUGAUUCUCAAGCUCAUGGCCUUCAAAGCGAGGGGCUACUUUGGAGACCCCUGGAACGUCUUUGACUUCAUCAUCGUCAUCGGCAGCGUGGUUGACGUCAUCCUGAGCGAAGUCGAUAGCGCCCUGGCCGCCAGUGGAGGCCUGUACUGUCUCCAUGGCUGCGCUGAAACAAAUCCCAUGCAAGCGAUCGCGGCAUCUGAAAAUGCUUCAGUUUCCAUCACGUUCUUCCGACUCUUCCGUGUGAUGCGUCUGGUGAAGCUGCUGAACCGCUCGGAGGGCAUCAGGAACCUGCUGUGGACCUUCAUCAAGUCCUUCCAGGCUCUCCCUCAUGUAGCUUUGCUCAUCAUUAUGCUCUUCUUUAUCUACGCUGUCAUCGGGAUGCAGAUCUUUGGAAAGGUGGCCUUAGUGGAUGGCACACAAGUCAACCGCAACAACAACUUCCAGACAUUCCCUCAGGCUGUUCUCAUGUUAUUCCGGUGUGCUACUGGAGAGGCUUGGCAGGAGGUCAUGAUGGCGUCCAUGUACGGGAAGAAAUGUGACCCCAAGUCUGACUUCCUGCCAGGAGAGGAGUACACCUGCGGGUCCAACUUUGCUGUUUUCUACUUCCUCAGCUUCUACUGUAUCUGCGCCUUCCUGAUCCUCAACCUGUUUGUAGCCGUCAUCAUGGACAACUUUGACUACCUGACCCGGGACUGGUCUCUUCUUGGUCCACAUCACCUGGACGAGUUCAAGAAGAUCUGGGCUGAAUACGACCCUGAAGCCACGGGGAGAAUUAAACAUCUGGACGUGGUGACGCUGCUGCGACGUCUCCAGCCUCCGCUGGGCUUCGGCAAGUUCUGUCCUCAUCGUGCUGCUUGCAAACGUUUGGUGGGUAUGAACAUGCCUCUCAACAGCGACGGCACCGUCACUUUCAACGCCACGCUGUUCGCUCUGGUCAGGACGGCGCUCAAGAUCAAAACAGAAGGUAACUUUGAGCAGGCCAACGAGGAGCUGAGAGCCAUCAUCAAGUCCAUCUGGAAACGCACCAGUAUGAAACUGUUGGACCAGGUCAUCCCACCAAUAGGAGAUGACGAGGUGACUGUGGGGAAGUUCUACUCCACCUUCCUGCUCCAGGAUCAUUUCCGUAAGUUCUUGAAGCGUCAGGAGGAAUACUACGGCUACCGGCCCAGCAAGAAGAGCGCCUCGGGCCCCGAGAUCCAGGCGGGCCUGAGGAGUAUUGACGAGGAGGCGGCUCCAGAGAUGCACAGGGCCAUCUCAGGAGACCUGCAGAAUGAGGAGGAGAUGGACCGAGCCAUGGAGGAGGCUGGAGAAGAAGGCAUCUACCACCGUACUCACGGUCUGUUCGGUAACCCGGUGGAGUCGUUCUCUGCGGAGCCCGUCAGCUCUCAGUCCCAGCAGAUGACCCAGCAGAGACCUCUCAUCUUCUCAGAGAGUCAGCCGGAGUCGCCUCCAAACUCUGCUGCCUUGACGCCCACCACCGAGUUCUUCCCCACAACCGCACAAAAAACCAACACCAACAACAACGCCUUCGCAGAAUUUUCCUUUGAUAGAGAAGGAAGUCCAGAAGAGUUUUAUAAUCCCAGUGAGGAUUCAGAGCCAGGCAACGCUCGCUCCUGGAUUGUGAGAACAGACAAAACACAGUUCCCUUAUGAGCCUGACUACGGAGACUGUGAGAGUCAGAGCUCCCGUACAGCAGCCGACCAGCUCGUCAGUGAGGCUCUGGUUCAUGGCGGUCUGUCGGAGCUGGCCCAGGACCCAAACUUCGUCUCUGCGGCUAAGACGGAGAUGGCCGACGCCAUGCACACCACUCUGCACGACAUGGAGAGCGUGGCUCAGGCCAUCCUCAGCGAGCGCAAGGCCACGGUGAAGAAGAGGCGUCCCGUCCCCGUCCCUCCUCCUGCUCUUAAUGUGGCGGUGCAGGAAACAGGGCAGCCAGACCCGGCUGUCAGGAGGAAGAAACGCCCGAUCCCCUCCAUCCCCUCCGCUAAGGAGGCCGACUCCAAAGUUUAG